AUGGAUGAUGAAUUCUGUAUCACCGUCUCGCCGGCCACCGGCGGGCGCAGGGCCGCGCGCUUUGCCAUCCGCGGUGGCGAGGGCGCCGCCACGCCCGCGACGGGCCUCUCCAGCCUGCUGGGCGCCGCAGGGCCGGGUCCAACCCCAGGCCGGGCACGGCAGGGGCCUGCCCCCCCCGAAGUCCCCUCCGGCCUGGCGCCGCACCAGCCCGUCUCCCUGGAGCGCUCCUUCAUAGCCUCCCUGACCCCGGUGGCGGGGCGAGGCCCCAGCCUCAGCCAGUCCGCGCCGAGGACGGUCGGGAAGGGGCCCGCCACGCUGGCAGGCCGCCUGGCGGCGGCGCAGCGCCGCGCAUCGCUGGCCGGGGACCGGCUGCUGCACGGACAUGGCGAUGCCGCCGCGCUGUGGAGGCUGCAGGUGGAAGCAUGCGCUGUGGAGGCGGGCGUCUGGAAGUGUCGCUGCAGGGUGGAACAGAGCCCCUGCCCGGCAGAGGCCCCAACACACUGUGUGGCGGUGUUCUCCUGCUCCCUCGCAUCCGCCUUUUUGCCCAACCCAGGCUCGACAUUUGAAGGCGUGGCGGCGUCGAGGAGCCUGCUGGAUGUGCAGGGGUGCGGCCUCGCUGUCCUGCUCCUGACGGCGGUGCGUGCCCUGCCUUGA